GGCAAUUGGUGCUGUCAUGGACUCAUGUUCUAAUGUCGAAAUUCCUCCAUUUACAAGAGGUCAGUUCGUUCUGUACAGUGACGAGGGUUUAAGGGUUCACUGCAAAACUCAGCUCGUUCUACGUGUUAGGGUUUAGGAAAGGCACAUUGAAACCACGGAAGCAGGAUGUGUCGUUGAAUUGGGCGAUUUUGACCACGAAUUGGUUAAAAAGUUGUAUCCGCGGGUUCCGAUGGGUGGAAAUAGGGGAAAGGAGAGAAGCGCAGGUGCAGGAGAGGCGAAGUCUUUGGGCCCGGCUUCUGUCGAGGAUUCAGAUUUGCACACUGUUUUUGUUCGAAAUCUUCCUUUCUUCCUUACUGAUUCUCAGCUCGAGGACAUUUUUAGUGAAGUCGGACCUGUAAGGCAUUGUUUCACAAUCAAAGAGAAAGGGUCUGAUCAACAUCGCGGAUUCGGCUUUGUUCAGUUUGCUGUUGCCGAGGAUGCCCAUCGCGCUGUGCAAGAGAAGAAUGGAGCCUCAUUGCAAGGACGAAAUAUCAAAGUCGAAAUUGCCAAGCGGCGAGCUCCUCUUGACCAACGGCGUCCACCAAAACCUGAUCCACCACCGAAUAACGAAUCUAAUACUGUAGAUCAACAACAAGAUCCAAAGCUCGAUUCUGGAAAGACCGAGCAGAAAAAAAGGAAAUCAUCGGAGGUUCAAGUCACUUCUCCUGCUGACAAAGGCAGUACAGAACAGCCUGAAUCCAAGAAGAUAAAACCUGAUGGUGAACCUAAGGUUAGGGUCCAAAAAGCCGAGCAGAAGAAAGAAGAGGAUGUGGUACCUGUCCCAGAUGAGCCAAAGAAGGGAAAGAAGGAAAAGAAAGGUCACAAAGAGAAAAGGAGUGAUGGUAAAGCUCAAGUUGCAGUGAGUGAUGCUGAGACUAAGGAGCAAGAAGAACAACAGGGUUCUGCCAAACAAAGGCCUGCACGAACGGUGGUUGUGGGUGGUUUGCUGAAUACGGAAAUGUUUGAAGCAGUUCUCGCUGUUGCAAAAACUGUCGGCCCAGUGGAAAGUAUUCAGAGGACCUUUUCUGAAAUCGAAUUACACAGUAGAGGGCUGGCGAAAGAUGGAUGUAAGCCUCGAGCAGCUGCUAUAGUCUUUCUAUCAGUGAAAGCGGCAAAUCAAGCUGUGGCAGCGCUUCAUACAAAAUCCAUUGGGGGAGGAGUUGUUUGGGCUCGUCAGCUGGGUGGGGAGGGUUCAAAAUUGAAGAGUCUGAGGCUGAUUGUACGAAAUUUACCUUUUCAGAUUACAGAAUCGCAACUGAGAGACAUUUUUACUCCCGUGGGCUUCUUGUGGGAGGUGACCAUUCCCCGUAAACCCGAUGGCACGUGUAAAGGUUUUGCGUUCGUUGGUUUCAUCAACAGAUCUGACGCAGAGAAGGCUAUCAAAGCCGUGAAUGGGACAAGUAUCGGUAAAAGACCAGUUGCAGUGGAUUGGGCGGUCGGUAAGAAGGAAUAUGAGACGGCUAUAUCCACAGCUAAGACUCCAGCUCCUGCAUCAGUUAUACCCGAUCUAGACGAUGGCGACACUACAGCAAGUGAUUCUGAAGAUGAAAUGGAUGAAGAGCUUGACGAUGAAGUGGAAUUGCCCAGUGUGGCAAACGAAGUCACGGCAGAAGCUGACAAGAAAUCUAAGAAGAAAAGUAUCACAAAAGAAGAGGAGACCGCCAAAACAGAAGUGGCUGACAAGAAGUUGAAGAAACAGAAGCUUGUGCGAGAAGAGGCUGCCGUUGAGGAGGAAGGUGACAUGGAGGUUAGUGUGGCCGAUAAGAAGACAAGGAGAAACAAGCUUGCCACGGAAGAGGCGGAAAAGCAGGUUUCACUGGAUGAGAUGGAAAAGAGGAAGCACGCUCAGCUGGAAAACAUGGACAGGAGCGAAGAGAUGGACAUGAUGAAGAAGAUCCUAAACAAAGUUGUUUCUACCCUUCAUGAAACUGGCCCUCCAACUCUCGACGAUGAUGAAGAAGAAGAAGCAGAAGAAAUAAUCACACCCGUUACAAGUAAGGUCAAAAGUGCACACAAGGAAGUUGUUGAAUCAGUGGAGGCUAAUGGAAAGCCGAGCAAAGCCAAGAAAGCCGUGGAGCCCGCUGUCUCAGAGAAAGAUGAGGACCAAAACACUUUUGGAAGGACAGUGUUUAUCCGGAAUCUUCCCAUGGAUGCCAAAGUUCCAGAGUUGCGGAAAAUGUUUUCUGACUUUGGAGUUGUUAAGUCGCUGAGAAUGGUUCUUCAUCCAGUCACACUGAGACCGAAAGGUACUGCGUUUCUAGAAUACUCUUCAAAAGAAGCUGCAGAGGCUGCUAUUGCUGCUGCCUCUACAAAUGGUGUAGAUAUGAACGGUCUGAUGGUGAAGGGGCGUGUCAUCAACGUCAGUUUAGCCGUAGACAGAGAUACUGCUCGAGAUAUAGCGAAAGACGCAUCAAAGAAAAAGGACGAAGAAGAUCGUAGAAAUCUGGCUCUAGCAAAGGAGGGAUUCAUACAGGAGGGCACGGCUGCCGCUGAAGGUGUUUCGAAGAAAGACCUACAGAAGAGACAAAUGCUGGAGUAUGAAAAGAGCACAAAACUGCGGAGUCCCAAUUUUCAUGUUUCAAGGACGAGGCUAUCCGUGCACAAUGUCCCAAAGGGGUUCACUGAGAAAGCUCUGAAGAAGCUUUUCAUUGAGGCAGUAAAAUCACGUGCUUCAAAACAACAACCUGUUAUUAAGCAGGUCAAGAUAUUGCGAGACGAGGAGACAGGCAAGGCUCGUGGGACCGCUUUUGUAGAGUUCACAGAACACCAACACGCCUUGGUCGCUUUGCGAGUUCUAAAUAACAACCCUGGUACGUUCACUGCAGAAAAUCGUCCUAUUGUGGAGUUUGCGGUGGAGAACUCCUUAAUUCUACGGAAACGUGCUGUUCAACUGGAAAAAUCGAAAAGUAUGCAGGCCGCUCCGAUCAAACAGAAUGUGGAGGAAAGGCAGAAGACUGCAGAUAAUGUGAAAAAAGGACGCAAGUCACGACGUGAUGAACCCGACGGCAAAGGUGGAAGAGGUGGUCAAGUUGAAGGUGGGGAGAUUCCAACGAAAUCAGGGGGUGCAAAAAAGAGAGAGAAGAAGCGUGAGAGUGGUAAAGAGAAAUCAGUUGAGGCGGAAGGUGUUUCACAGGACCAGCCUGCAUCGACCGCAGGCCGCAAAAGAAAGAGAGACAAGAAAGAUGCUUUGACAGGAAUGGCCGGAGAUGCAGGCUUGGACAAGAAAGCAUCGAUGCAAGCAGGACAGGCAAGGCCCACAAAGGCAGGAAUCGCCGGACAGAAGUUGAAAGGCAAGGCAAUGAAUGGUGGAAAAGAUGGCCCUGCGAUGAAAGAUAAACUUGCGAAAUUAGCAGUUAGCGGGAAGCUUACGAAGUCAAAGCAGUCGAAGCAGCCAGCUGGUUCUAAACAAAGUCAAUCGGCCAAGGGAGGCCCAGCGAAAAAGUUUGCAAGUCAGCAAAUUCAGGAGAUUGAUGAGGCCAGUCUGAGAGAAAAGAAAAGACUGAAGAUGCUCACAAAAGCUAAGGCCUCUGAAUCCAAACUCGACAAAUUAGUCACAGAAUAUCGAACGAAGUACUUCUCGGAUGGACCGACGAGCAAGAGCAAGACGAAGAGCACAGGGGGAACGGCAGGGACCGUAGGAGAUUUUCGCAGAUGGUUCGAUUGAAGCUUGUAUGAAAACCCUGGCUCGUUCGCAGCUCAGGCCAACCCUAAGCCCUGCACACAUCGUUGAUAAUGGGUUCAGGUUUUGUACCCUUGAUUUUAACCAGGAGGGAAUUAGAGGUGUCGGAUCGCAAGACCAUUUUGGUCUUUUCCCGAUCGAGGCGAAAGUUACUUGUAGAUUAUCAUUGAAGGCGGUAAGUAGUGAUACACUAGCAUGAGUUCAGUAUCUCGCCGAAUCCCUCCUCGAGCUUCCGAGUCAAAUAGAACGGCAGCAGUCCAUUUGACCAGGUAGUGCAGAGACGAGGUUCAAACCGAGUACCAAUCGGUGAUUCAGAGAGAUACGCAAAAGGCUGCUGCAAGUUUUGAUACGUGAGGAAGUUUGACAUGUGAGAAGCAUGUGUUAUAUCAAAUGAGCCAAUAAUGAACACCCGUGUCAGCUAUGGCCACAAAUGUCCUUG